CACAGCUCCCGCCACUUGGCUUGGGAAAGAAGGCGCGCCCAUCCAUCCUUGCCGCACGCAGCCCUUUGGACCGGUCCACCGCGGCUUGCAGCCUAAGCAGCUUCUGCACGGCCUGGCCGGGCGCUUGUUGCUUCACCUCGCGAGCUCUGACGGCGGAAGCGGUUCUCCAAUGGAGCCGAGGAAGGGAGGGCCUAACCGAACCCGGCGGGGCGGGCGGGUGGGCGGCCGCCCUACCCUUCAAGUGGGCCGAGGCGGAAGCUGACAGCUUUUCCCGCCGCGCUUCGCCUCAGCAGGGACCGGCGGAGGUUUGCGCUCGCGUGCAUGACAGCGAGCUGGUGGAAAAUGCUGCGCUUAGUCGCCGGGCUCUUGGCGGCCGCCCUCGCUGCGCUGCUGGUGGGCUGGCACAGCCCUUCGGGGCCCGAGCAGUUGCGGCGCCAGCCUCGCUCCUUCUCCCCUGAGCCGGCGCCCGGAGCCGAGGCCAACAACCUCUUCUGGAUAAUUCAGGUAUCAGAUCUACACAUCAGUAAGUUUCAGAGUCCCGAACGAGCUUCUGAUUUUGAAAAGUUCUGUGCGGAAACGGUUCCUGUCAUUCAACCUGUCCUUACUUUAGCAACAGGCGUGGCCUGUAGCAGAGCCAAGAAACUGAAGCUCAACCCAGAGAAGACUGAGGCACUGUUAGUGGGUGGUUCCCUAGACCGGAUGGCUGGGAGGUUGCCUGCUCUUGAUGGGGUUACACUCCCUCUGAAGGAGCAGGUGAUUUGACUGAUGCCAAAACAAAAGAUAAACUUGGGUCUGAUCAGUUUGAGGUGGAAUGGCAAACUUACCAGACAAUCUUAAAAAGAUCUAAAGUCAUGGAAAAAACCAAAUGGAUAGACAUCAAAGGGAAUCAUGGUAAGAAAGAUGUGAGACUCUGGAGGUGGGAUUCCCAUUU